AUUCCAACGUUUGAUUGAAUCAUAAAUUCUAUACAAUUACUUAUUCGACGUAAUUAUUAUUACAGAUUAUAAAUCAUUACAAUGGUUGAAAUGUUUGAUUGGGAGAACGAAGAUCCUCUUACAACAUUAAAUACACAAUUGAAUAAAUCCAUGGCUUUAUUCGAAAGCGUAGGAAAUGAUGAUCAGCUGCAAUUAAAUAAAAACAACAAAUCUAUUAAAAUAAAUACUAAAAGUAAUUCAACCAGGAAAAGAACAUCUGUUAAUGGUACACAGAGAAGAAGUAUUUUAAAGAAAUCAGAAGUUACAAAUGGUGAAGAAAAAAAAUUAGAGGAACAGAGCGAAGAGACUCCCAACAGGAAUGUUGACAUAAAUGAAGCAAUUCCUGAAGCGAGUUCAAAUGCAUUAACAGUCACAUCAUCAUCAUCAUCAUCAUCAUCAUCAUCGAGACCACAAAAUCUUGAAGAUUUGAUAAAAGCAGAAAAUUUAACUAUGGAAACUAAUUCUAGUUUCAAUAUUGACGAUAUAUCUGACAGCGAAGAUAUUUGGAUCUUAAAUAUACCUAAAACCGUAAAUACAGAAGAAUUGAUCGGGCAAACCUUAACAUUGGGAGAUAAGUCCAAACUUAAAGUAGGAGAAAAAAAAUACUGCGCUGUUAAACAAAACAUGCAGCAUGGCGUUACUUGUGUAUUUAGUACCAGUAAAACAAAUUCGCUCUAUAAAGCAGUUAAUAUAAAACCAGCAGGCUCUAUAACAAUUAGAAGAAAAUUAUCUAGUAUACCAAAAGGUAAACCCAUAUUGUUAGAUAAAGUAGGAGUUCCGUUUCCUGAAAACUUGAGAACGCGACAUCCGUUGUUAGGUGUUACUACUGAGAAUAAAUUCAAAAGAGAAUCAAAAAUGGUUGGAUCGAGGAAAAGGAAGAGAAAACAGUAAUAAAAUAAUUACAAGAACAUUUAUAUACUUUAUAUUUGCACAUAUAUAU